GUUGCGUGACUUGGAGACUAUCAAUAAAUCACUAAAGUACUACAGAGAUACUUAUGGUGCACUGGAUAACUGGAUUAAACAAGUUGAAGAAACACAGCAAAAAUUUCAGGAAAACCCACCCCAGAACAGUAAAGCUCUGGCGAAACAGCUAAAUGAGCAGAAGAUGCUGGUGUCUGAAAUGGAGAUGAAACAAAACAAACUAGAUGAAUGCCAGAAAUACUCAGAACAGUAUUCAACUGCAGUAAAGGAUUAUGAGUUGCAAACAAUGACAUACAGAGCCAUGGUUGAUUCCCAGCAAAAAUCACCUGUAAAACGCAGAAGGAUGCAGAGCUCCUCUGACUUCAUUAUACAAGAGUUUAUGGAUUUAAGAACACGCUACACAGCCUUGAUAACCUUGAUGACUCAGUAUAUAAAGUUUGCUGGUGAUUCCUUGAAAAGGUUAGAGGAGGAAGAGAAAUCAAUGGAAGAGGAAAAGAAAGAACAUGUUGAAAAAACUGGGGACUUACUGAAAUGGGUUACAGAAAUCACCAGGAGCCUCAGCAAAGACAGCGGAGAAAGGGCUGAAAAAACAGAUUUUCUUAAGAAGCAGAUUUCUUCUGAUGAAUUAUCAUCCAAGAAAGAACAGCUAUCAGAGGCUUUGCAAGGAACACAGAUAUUUUUAGCCAAACAUGGUGACAAAAUGACAAAUGAGGAGAAAAAUGAAAUGGAAAAUCAUAUAAAGUCCUUGCAAGAGUGUUCCAAACUCUUAUCCAAUGAAGGUUUGAUACAGUUGGAGGAGGAAAGAAAUAUAGAUGAAAAAAUGGAUGCAAAGCUUAAGGCACAAAAGCAGCAAGAAUUCCAAGAAAAAUUACAGGAUAUAUGCGAUCUACUCACACAGACAGAAAAUCAGAUCAUCGGCCACAAAGAGGCCCUUGUGAUUGAAGAUAGCAAGACUGAAUUACAGCAAUACCAAACCAGGCAACAGGAAUUACAGAAAAAUAUGCAAGCAAAUACACAGGCCUUGGCAGAAAUUGUGAAAGAUACAGAAAUGUUCUUGAAAGAGAAUGGGGAAAAGCUGCCGUUGGAAGACAAGACUGCUCUUGAGAGGAAACUGAAUGAAGCGAAGACCAAGUGUUUGCUGCUAAGCCAGAAGGCAGAGGAAUCCAGAAAAGAGCUGGAUAAAGCUGUGACAACCGCUAUUAAACAAGAAACAGAAAAGGUUGCAGCUAGACAACAACUUGAAGAGAGCAAAAAUGUGGUAGAAAAUCUUCUGGUUUGGCUGUCAAAUGUAGACAAGGAUGCUGACCAUAGAGGUACAGAAUGCAAGCCAACAAUCAAACAGAAUGGCAUUGAUUUUCAUGAAGGAGAUGGAGAGGAUUUGAUUGGAGGGGAAGAUGAAGUAAAUGGCAACUUGCUAGAAAUCCAAGAACAGAGUGAAACUCUUGUAGAUGGACGACCUACACUGUCGGAUGAUAAUCUCAACAUGCAAUACCAGAAAGCUAAGGCGCAACAUGAAAAAAUUAUCUCACAGCAACAAGCCGUCAUCGUAGCAACACAAUCCGCCCAGGCUCUGCUUGAGAAGCAAGGACAUCACCUUUCACCAGAGGAAAAAGAAAAAAUCCAACGGAAUUUAAAGGAGCUGAAGGUGCAGUACGACACUGCAUUGGCUGAAUCCGAACAGAAACUGAAGUUAACCCGCUCGCUACAGGAGGAGCUUGAGAAAUUUGACGCAGAUUACUCAGAAUUUGAAAGUUGGCUGCAGCUGGCAGAGCAAGAGCUUGAGAACCUGGAGAUUGGAGCCUCUGACUUCGGCGGCAUUAGCAUCAAACUGCAAAGGCAGAAAAGUUUUUCUGAAGAUGUCAUUUCUCACAAAGGGGAUUUGAGGUUUAUCACCAUUGCUGGACAGAGAGUAUUGGAGGCUGCUAAAUCCUGCAACAAAACAGAAAGUGUCAGAUACGAGAAAGAAGGCAUGGAUACCUCAUCGACUUACAUGGAAGUACAGGAUAAGCUGGAUAGAGCAACUAGUCGCUUCAAAACCCUCUACUCUAAGUGUAGUAUCUUUGGAAAUAAUCUCAAAGACCUGGUAGAUAAAUACCAGAAUUACAAAGAUGCUGCAUCUGGACUUCUGUCUGGACUCCAGGACUGUGAAGAAGCUGUGAAUAAGCAACUAUCUGAAGCAAUUGCUGGGGAUCCAAGAAAUCUCCAAAGGCAGCUAGAAGAAACCAAGGUGCUUCAGGGACAAGUAUCUAGUCAACAGGUUGCAGUAGAGAAAUUGAAAAAAGCAGCUGAAGUGCUUUUUGACACGAGAGGAGAAUUAUUGCCGGACAAAGAUGAAAUCCAGCAUACACUGGACACUAUUGUAGAUAAGUAUAACCAAUUAUCUAAAGCAGUGAACGAUCGUAAUGAAAAGCUCCAAAUAACUUUGACUCGUUCAUUAAGCGUUCAGGAUGGAUUAGAUGAAAUGCUAGAUUGGAUGAAUGGUGUUGAGAAGAAUCUCGAGGUACAUGGCCAAGUGCCUUUGAACUCUGCUGCUAUUGAAGAUGUCAUUAGCAAAAAUAUGGCACUAGAACAAGACAUUGUAGGCCGCCAGAGCAGCCUAAACGCCAUGAAAGAAAAAAUGAAGAAAUUCAUGGAAACUGCAGAUCCCUCAACUGCAUCUUCCUUAGAAGCUAAAAUGAAUGAGCUUUCCCAAAGGUUUUGCGAAGCUCAUAAUAAACAAAAGAAAAAACUAGAAGACAUGGAAAAACUGAAGACCAGAGUAGAGCUGUUUGAAUGUCUGUCUGACAAACUUCAGUCAUUCUUUGACAAGAAAGCUCAAGCCCUCAAUGAGGCUGAUAUUCCAGGAAAGGACGUUGCUGAAAUGUCCCUUUAUGUGCAGGAAACCAACACAGAAUUGAUGGAGCAGAAGAAAGAUCUCGAAGUUUUGCAACACCUCAUUGAAGAACUUUCUCCUCAUGCUCUACCAGGAGACAAGUCAUUAGUGUUAGAAAAAGUAAAUGUCUUGUCAAAGAAAUUCAGGGAAAUGGAAGAGAUGAUACAAGAAAAAGAGAAGGAUGUGUCCUCUUGCCAACAACAAAUUGAUGCAUUCAGGUGUUAUGUUGAGUCUCUGAAGAAAUGGAUAGACGAAACGACAGAAAGAAUUCCCCAUAUACAGCCCUCUUUAAAUACUGAGAGCUUAAAGAAAUAUUUGCAAAGCACCAAGGAUUUGGAAGAUGAAUGGAAUGCAAAAGCACCUGAUCUUAAGAAAAUGAAUAGCAGAGGAAAUGCUUUGCGUAACCUAAUUAUUGCUGUGACUUCCACUGCAAAAUCAUGGGGAGUAAAGUCAGAUGUGCCUGGGGAAAUACUGAAUGGAGAUGGAACAGCUACUGGUAAUCAGGGUUUCAUGGCAAACAAAGAACUGACCACGAUUCAAAAUAGCAUAUCAGCUGUAAAUCAGAGUUAUGAUGACUUGGGAGCAACACUGAAGGACAAAAGAUCAGAAUUGGAAUCAAUGCUUUUAAAUAUGCAAAACAUUCAAGAAGAAACAAGUUCUAUGAUGGAAUGGUUACAGAAAAUGGACACAGUUGCAGCCAAAUGGGAAACAACUAUUCUUGACAGUGAAACAGUUAAAGAAAAAGUUGAUCAGCAUAAGCUAUUUGAAACAGAAUUGAAGCAGAAUGAGAGUAAAGUGCAAGAGCUGAAGGACAGAGUCACAGAGUUGCUGGAAAAAAACCCUGAUUCUUCUGAGGUGCCAAAAUGGAAACAAAUGUUAGACAAAAUAGAUUCUAAAUGGAGUCAACUCAGCCAGGUAGCAGCUGAUAGACAGAAAAAAAUGGAGGAAUCAUCAAAUUACCUGACCCAGUUUCAGGCAACUGAGGCUCAGUUAAACCAAUGGCUGGUUGAAAAAGAAUUAAUGAUCAGCGUGCUUGGACCACUAUCAAUUGAUCCAAAUAUGCUAAACACACAGAAGCAGCAAGUCCAGAUUCUGCUCAAAGAGUUUGAUACCCGGAAACCCCAGUACGAACAGCUGUCUGAAGCAGGUCAGGGGAUCCUGCAGAGGCCUGGCGAACACCCUCCUACUCAUGAAAGAGUGAAGCAGCAGCUGACAGCAGUGGCACAGAAAUGGGAUGGUUUAACAGGACAGCUGAGCGACCGCUGUAGUCGAAUUGAACAAGUCAUUGUCAAAAGUACAGAGUACCAGAACUGUCUGAAAAGCCUUUCCGAGAAACUUAGCACGCUGGAAAAUAAACUCAGCCAGAACCUGGCUAAAAGUGCAGACCCUGAUUCUGUGAAGCAGCAACUGGAAACGGCUCAGGAAAUAAAAGGCGAAAUAGACCAAGAAAUGUUACACCUAAAUGCUGCUCAGGUUGUGUGCGAGGAAUUGUCUGUGUUGGUGGCAGAAGAUUACUUGAGAGCUGAACUUGUUAGGCAAUUAGAAGGUGUCUUAAAGCCUUUCAAGGAGAUGGAACAAAAAGCCGGCAGUCUCAUUGAACAACUUCAGUUAACAUAUGCAAGUUCUCAUCAGUUCCAGCAAAUGUCUAAAGACUUUCAAGCAUGGCUGGACACAAAGAAACAAACACAAAAUCAGUGUCCUCCCAUUUCCACUAAGCUAGAAAGCUUGCGGUCAUUAAUUGAGGAUCAGAAAGAAUUUAAGGCAGCACUGUCUGACCAAAUUGGUUCAUAUGAAAAAAUAAUUUCAGAAGGUGAAAAUCUGCUUCAAAAGACUCAAGGGACAGAAAAAACAGAAUUGCAGUCCCAGCUCAACAUGCUCAAAGCUAACUGGGAUGAGCUGCAUAAGCAAGUGAAUGAAAGGCAAGAUAAGUUGAAUGAUUGUUUGGAAAAGGCUCUCCGAUACAAAGAACACGUAGAGGUCCUUCAACCCUGGAUAACCAAGUGCCAAAAUAACUUAUCAGAAAUUAAAAUAGGUAUCGAUCCUGUUGAGAUAGAGAAUUCCAUUGCUCAGGUGAAGAUUUGGCAGAAGGAUUUGGAUAAACACCAAGGGAUUGUUGAGCUCUUAAGUAAUGCAGCAGAAAGUUUUCUUAGUGCCUGUCAAACUGAUAAGGAUGUUAUUGAAGAGGAAAAGAAACAAUUGAUACAGAAGAUGGAUAUGGUCACAGAAGAGUUACAUAUUAAAAGGGAUACUCUUGAAAAGAUGUCUCGGAGAUUAAAAGAGUUUCAAGAAUCAUCCCAGGACAUUAAGGAGCAGUUGAAGAAUACUAGGGAACAGUUAGACAUCCACAAUGCUCUUAAACCUCAGGCUUAUAGUAAUAAACACUUAACUAUUAUGCAGACUCAGCAGAAAGCCCUCCAGACAUUAAAGCCACAAGUAGAUGUGACAAAAAAACUUGCCCAAGAUCUGGUAGUGGAUGCUUCCGAUUCAGCAAAUGUCUCUGACCUCUUGUUGCAAUCAGAAUCGUUAGAAGAAGAAUUCAACGCAGUCAACCAGCAGGUUGAGGAUGAAUGUUCCUUCCUGGAGACUAAGCUCCAGGGAAUUGGCCAUUUCCAAAAUACCAUUCGAGAGAUGUUUUCUCAAUUUGCAGAGUUUGAUGAUGAGCUGGACAGUAUGGCUCCUGUGGCCAGGGAUCUUGUCACACUGCGGUCCCAACAAAAGGACAUCAAAGUUUUCCUUAAAAAAUUGCAGGAAUUGAUAAGCAGCAAUGAAAACGCAAACAAGUCAUGUAAAGUGAUGUUAGCGAGUGACGCAGAGGCAUCUCCUGAUCUCGCAGGUAUAAAAAGGGAUUUAGAGGCUCUGAAUAAGCAGUGCAACAAAUUACUGGACAGAGCAAAAGCCAGGGAAGAGCAGAUCGAAGGGACGAUUAAUCGCGUUGAAGAAUUUUACAGCAAACUAAAGGGAUUUGCCAAACUGCUUGAGGAAGCUGAAGAACACGAAGAGUCCCAAGGCCUUGUUGGAAUGGAAACAGAGGUUAUUAAUCAACAACUGAAAGUAUUUCAGGCAUUUGAGAAAGAAGAGAUUGAACCACUGCAACUUAAGCAACAGGAGGUAAAUUGGUUGGGUCAAGGCCUUAUUCAGAGCGCUGCUAAAAAUGCAAGUACUGAUAACCUUGAGCAUGAUCUUGAAGAUGUUAAUACAAGGUGGAAGACUCUCAAUAAAAAGGUUGCACAAAGAGCAGCACAGUUGCAAGAAGCAUUGUUGCACUGUGGGAGAUUUCAAGAUGCUGUUGAAUCGAUUCUUAGCUGGUUAAUUGAUACAGAAGAUCUUGUGGCUAAUCAGAAGCCCCCGUCUGCUGAAUUUAAAGUUGUGAAGGCCCAAAUACAGGAACAAAAACUUCUCCAGAGAUUGUUAGAUGACCGCAAGCCUACUGUUGAAUUGAUCAAGCGUGAAGGGGAAAAAAUGGCAGAGUCAGCAGAGCCGGCAGAUAAAGAAAAGAUCUUGAAACAGCUGAGUCUCCUGGACAGCAGAUGGGCUGCAUUGCUUGAUAAAGCAGAAAUGAGGCAUCGCCAGUUGGAAGGGAUUUCAACUGUAGCUCAGCAGUUCCAUGAAACCUUAGAACCGUUGGUUGAAUGGCUAGCAACUACUGAAAAGAAACUUUCCAAUUCAGAACCCAUUGGCACCCAGGCUUCCAAACUGCAACAACAGAUUUCUCAACACAAAACUUUAGAGGAAGACAUCACCGUUCACAGUAAAAAUCUACAGCAAGCAAUUAAUAUUGGUCAAAUUUUAAACACAUUGUGCUCCAGGGAAGAUAAAGAGAUGGUUCAAGAGAAAUUAGAUUCUUCAGAAGGCCGAUAUAUUGAGGUUCAAGAAAAAAGCAAAAGUAGGGCUGAGCUCCUGAAACAAGCCUAUUGCAAUGCUCAGAUUUUUGGAGAAGAUGAGGUUGAAUUGAUGAACUGGUUGAAUGAAGUCCAUGAGAAACUGAGCAAAUUGGGAGUCCAAGACUACAGUACUGAUUUACUAGAAAAACAGCACGCUGAAAUGCUGGUUCUUCAAGAAGAGAUUAAGGUCAGAAAAGAUAAUGUUGAUCAAGCUAUUCAAAAUGGUUUACUGCUUCUUAAACAAACUACAGGAGAUGAAAUUGUUGUAAUUCAAGAUAAAUUGGAAGGCAUCAAAGCAAGGUACAAGGAUAUCACUAACCUGAGUUCUGAGGUGUUCAAGACUUUAGAAGAAGCUCUUCAGUUUUCAGGGCAGCUCCAAUCAGUUCACAAAGAACUCUGUUCUUGGCUUGACAAAGUUGAAGUCGAAUUACUUUCAUACAACUCUCAAGAUCCCAAAGGCAAAGAAUUAAGCGAAACACAAGAAAGACAAAAAGAACUGAAAAAAGAAGUAAAAGAUAAGAAAAGUUUAUUGGAUAAUCUCAAUGAAGUCAGCAGUGCUUUGUUGGAACUGGUGCCAUGGAGAGCAAGGGAAGGGAUAGAUAAAAUGGUUACAGAAGACAAUGAACGAUACCGGUUAAUGAGUGACACUUUAAAUCAAAAAGUGGAAGAAAUUGAUGCUGCAAUUUUAAGAUCACAACAGUUUGAUCAGGCAGCUAAUAAUGAAUUAGCCUGGGUUGACAAAACAGAAAAGAAACUGAUAUCUCUGGGUGACAUAAGACUUGAACGGGACCAGACCUUUGCUCAGCUGCAAGUUCAAAAGGGAUUUACCAUGGAGAUUUUGAAACACAAAGAUACAAUAGAAGAACUUGUUUCAUCUGGGGAUGAGAUCAUGAAGACAUGUACAGAGGAGGAGAAACAAAUUAUGAAGAACAAACUGGAAAAUCUUUUGCAUAAAUACGACAUGCUCUGUCAAAUGAACUCCAAGAGAAACUUGCAACUAGAACGGGCUCAAUCUCUAGUUAGCCAGUUUUGGGAGACUUAUGAAGAGAUUUGGCCUUGGCUAAGUGAAACCGAGAUCGUCAUCUCACAGCUUCCAGCACCGGCUCUUGAAUACGAAACUCUGAGGCAGCAGCAAGAAGACCACCGGCAACUACGAGAGUUGAUUGCUGAGCAUAAGCCUCACAUAGAUAAGAUGAACAAAACUGGACCUCAACUCCUGGAGCUGAGCCCAGAAGAGGGAUUUUUAAUCCAAGAGAAAUAUGUGGCAGCUGAUGCUCUUUACAGUCAAAUUAAAGAAGAUGUCAGAAAGCGGGCCCAAGCACUGGAUGAAGCCAUUUCUCAAUCGACUCAGUUCCAUGAUAAGAUAGAUUCAACUAUUGAGAACCUGGAUCGGAUCGUUGAACGUUUGCGGCAGCCACCUUCAAUCUCAGCUGAAGUUGAAAAGAUUAAAGAACAGAUCAGUGAAAAUAAGAAUGUCUCUGUAGAUUUGGAAAAACUGCAGCCAGUGUAUGAAACUCUAAAGCUGCGUGGAGAAGAAAUGAUUGCACGUUCAAAAGGAGCUGAUAAAGACAUAUCGGCUAAAGUUGUUCAAGAUAAGCUCGAUCAGAUGGUAUUUAUCUGGGAGGAUAUCCAUGCUUUGGCUGAGGAAAGGGAAGCAAAGCUCCUUGAUGUCAUGGAAUUAGCAGAGAAGUUCUGGUGUGAUCAUAUGGGUCUCAUAGCCACCAUCAAAGAUACUCAAGAUUUUAUCAGAGAACUAGAAAGAGCAGGGAUUGAUCCUUCGGUGGUGAAACAACAACAGGAAGCAGCAGAGACCAUCAAAGAAGAGAUAGAUGGGUUACAAGAAGAACUUGAUGCCGUUGUGAAUCUUGGCUCUGAACUCAUAGCUGCAUGUGGUGAACCUGACAAACCAUUAGUCAACAAAAGUAUAGAUGAGCUAAAUUCCAUUUGGGAUGGCUUAAAUAAAGCAUGGAAGGAACGUGUUGACAAACUUGAAGACGCUAUGCAGGCUGCUGUUCAGUAUCAAGACGGACUGCAGGCUAUGUUUGAUUGGGUGGAUAUUGCUGGUAGUAAAUUAGCUUCAAUGUCACCAGUUGGAACAGACCUAGAAACAGUAAAACAGCAAACAGAAGAAAUGAAGCAAUUUAAAAAAGAAGCCUACCAACAGCAGAUAGAAAUGGAACGACUGAGCCAUCAGGCUGAACUGUUGUUGAAAAAAGUCACAGAGGAAAGUGAGAAGCAUACUGUUCAAGAUCCUUUGUCUGAACUCAGGUUAUUAUGGGAAUGUCUGGAGGAUAAAAUCAUUAGCCGCCAGCAUAAACUGGAAGGUGCUUUAUUAGCUUUGGGGCAGUUCCAGCAUGCUCUGGAUGAGUUGUUGACAUGGCUGACACACACUGAAGACCUGUUGAAUGAACAGAGGCCAGUGGGAGGCGACCCCAAGGCUAUUGAAAUUGAGCUGGCCAAACAUCAUGUGCUGCAAAAUGAUGUCUUGGCUCACCAGUCUACUGUGGAAACAGUUAAAAAAGCGGGAAAUGACCUGAUUCAAUCAAGUGCUGUGGAAGAAGCUAGCAAUCUACAAAGCAAACUUGAGCUUCUGAAUCAACGAUGGCAAAAUGUUUUGGAAAAAACAGAAAAAAGGAAACAGCAGCUGGACAGUGCUUUGAUCCAGGCCCAGGGUUUCCAUGGUGAUGUUGAAGACUUACAACAAUGGCUGACAGAAACUGAGCGUCACCUUUUGGCAUCAAAGCCUGUUGGUGGCUUACCAGAGACUGCAAGAGAGCAGCUUAAUACCCAUAUGGAACUUUGUGUUGCCUUUGAAACUAAGGAAGAAACAUACAAAUAUCUGAUGCAGAAGGGUCUACAGAUGCUUGCAAGAUGCCCAGAGUCUAUGGAAACUAAUGUGGAGCAGGAUAUAAAUAAUCUUAAAGAAAAAUGGGAAUCAGUAAAGACCAAACUCAGCGAAAGAAAAAUCAAGCUGGAAGAAGCUCUCAGUUUGGCAAUCGAGUUCCACAAUUCGUUGCAGGAUUUUAUCAACUGGCUUACUCAAGCUGAGCAAACUUUGACAGUGGCAUCUCGGCCAAGUCUUAUUUUAGACACUGUCCUAUUUCAGAUUGAUGAACACAAGGUCUUUGCCAAUGAAGUAAAUGCUCAUCGUGACCGGAUUAUCCAGCUAGACAAAACUGGAACUCAUUUGAAGUACUUCAGCCAGAAACAGGAUGUUGUCCUCAUUAAGAAUCUUCUCAUUAGUGUCCAGAGCAGGUGGGAAAAAGUAGUUCAGCGUUUAGUAGAAAGAGGAAGAGCCUUGGAUGAUGCAAGAAAGCGCGCCAAACAGUUUCAUGAAGCUUGGAUCAAACUUACUGAAUGGUUGGAUGAUUCAGAAAAGACUUUAGAUGCAGAAUUGGAAAUUGCAAAUGAUCCAGACAAAAUUAAGAUGCAGCUUGCCCAGCAUAAGGAGUUCCAAAAAGCUCUGGGAGCCAAACAUUCCGUGUAUGACACCACCAACAGGAGUGGACGCUCUUUAAAAGAAAAAACUUCCCUUGCUGAUGACAGUCUGAAAUUGGAUGAUAUGUUGAGCGAGCUUAGAGACAAAUGGGAUACGGUCUGUGGAAAAUCUGUAGAAAGACAAAACAAACUGGAAGAAGCUCUCCUGUUUUCUGGACAAUUUACUGAUGCUCUUCAGGCUCUCAUAGAUUGGCUUUACAAAGUAGAACCGCAGCUGGCCGAAGAUCAGCCUGUGCACGGAGACAUUGAUUUAGUGAUGAAUUUAAUAGAUAAUCACAAAGGCUUCCAAAAGGAACUGGGGAAAAGGACCAGUAGUGUUCAGGCCCUGAAACGCUCUGCUCGAGAGCUAAUAGAAGGUAGCCGUGAUGAUUCCUCUUGGGUUAAGGUACAAAUGCAGGAGCUUGGUACUCGGUGGGAGACUGUGUGUGCGCUCUCGGUCUCCAAGCAAACUCGACUGGAACAGGCCCUUCAUCAGGCAGAGGAAUUCCACUCGGUUGUCCAUGUGCUUCUGGAAUGGCUGGCUGAAGCCGAGCAGACCCUGCGUUUCCAUGGGAUCCUUCCAGAUGACGAAGAAGCUCUGCGUACGCUAAUAGAUCAGCAUAGGGAAUUCAUAAAGAAACUGGAAGAAAAAAAGAUUGAGCUAACUAAAGCUACAGGUAUGGGGGAGGCCAUCCUGGCUAUUUGCCAUCCAGAUUCCAUCACUACCAUUAAGCACUGGAUAACCAUCAUCCGAGCAAGAUUCGAAGAGGUGAUAGCAUGGGCAAAGCAACAUCAACAGAGGUUGGCAGGAGCCCUGGCUGCCCUUAUUGCUAACCAGGAGUUAUUGGAAGCACUAUUAUCCUGGCUGCAGUGGGCAGAGACAACGCUGACUGAAAAAGAUAAAGAAGUCAUUCCUCAGGAGAUUGAUGAUGUCAAGGCACUCAUAGCAGAGCAUCAGACAUUCAUGGAAGAAAUGACCAGAAAACAGCCCGAUGUGGAUAAAGUUACGAAGACACAUAAAAGAAAAGCAGCUGAAACUAGCCCAGUCCAAUCUCAUAUUCCUGUAUUGGAUAAGGGAAGAGGAGGAAGAAAACGUUCUACAGCCCCGAGCAUAUAUCCUCCAGGGGCUCAGACCCAAAUUGAGACGAAGAAUCCACAGAUUAACCUCUUGCUCAGCAAAUGGCAACAAGUCUGGCUCCUGGCCCUGGAGAGACGAAGGAAACUUAACGAUGCCUUAGACCGAUUAGAAGAACUGAGGGAAUUUGCCAAUUUCGAUUUUGAUAUUUGGCGGAAGAAGUAUAUGCGAUGGAUGAACCACAAGAAAUCUCGAGUAAUGGACUUCUUUAGGAGGAUAGAUAAAGAUCAGGAUGGGAAGAUAACAAGACAGGAAUUUAUUGAUGGGAUUCUCUCUUCAAAAUUUCCUACGAGUCGCCUGGAAAUGAGUGCAGUAGCAGAUAUUUUUGACAGAGAUGGUGAUGGCUAUAUUGACUAUUAUGAAUUUGUAGCAGCACUUCAUCCAAACAAGGAUGCAUACAAACCUCUAACAGAUGCAGACAAAAUUGAAGAUGAGGUGACAAGGCAAGUAGCAAAAUGUAAAUGUGCAAAGCGGUUCCAGGUGGAGCAGAUUGGCGACAAUAAAUACAGAUUCUUCCUGGGAAAUCAGUUUGGUGAUUCCCAGCAGCUUCGUCUCGUCCGUAUCCUGCGGAGCACCGUUAUGGUUCGUGUUGGAGGUGGUUGGAUGGCCCUAGAUGAGUUCUUAGUGAAAAAUGAUCCCUGCAGAGCAAAAGGGCGGACAAACAUGGAGCUCCGAGAGAAGUUCAUGUUAGCAGAUGGGGCUUCCCAAAGUAUGGCUGCCUUCCGAUCAAGGGGACGUAGAUCACGGCCUUCUUCAAGGGGCGCUUCUCCCAACAGAUCCAUGUCUGUAUCCAAUCAACCUGCCCAAGGAACUCCAAUAUCAGCUCUUGCUGCUAGUACACCCAAGACACCCCAUCUUUUAACACGCAACUAUGGUAAACCAUGGUUGAUAAACAGCAAAACGUCAUCUCCUUGUAAACCAUCAGAGUGCUCUGAAUAUCAAGUAUCAUCCACAGAGGGAACUCCAAUACAAGGGAGUAAACUUAGACUUCCAGGAUAUCUUUCUGGGAAAGUUUUUCAUUCUGGAGAAAAUAAUGGCCUAAUUUCAACAGCAGCCACAAGAGCCAGAGCACACUUUGCAGAAACUAGAAAAACACCAAGCAGGCCUGGAAGUCGUGCCGGAAGUAAAGCCGGGAGUAGAGCAAGCAGCCGCCGGGGCAGCGAUGCCUCUGACUUCGACAUUUCAGAAAUCCAGUCAGUGUGCUCAGACCAGUCAGAAACUGUUCAUACCCCAAUCAGACCAACACCCCGACCGAAUUCUCGGUCCGCCUCGGGAAAGUCUUCCAAAAUUCCAACUCCCCAAAAACGAUUGCCGGUCAGCAAAUUAAACAAGUCCUCCAAGAGAUAAUGCAGUUGGCUCCUCAAAGUAUUUUCUUUUCUCCUGUGCAUUAAAUAUUUAAGUUUCUAAGAUGUAAAUUAUCCUGUAGAAAUUAUUGUGAAAUAUGACAAGAGUUGGAUUUUUAAUUUUGCAGAUGGCCUUAUUUGUGUAUCAGUCUUGUUAUUUUAUGUGUAUAGUUUUUGUCGACUUUUCUUUUGUUUAUGCCAUAUUCUAUGUGAAUAGGAGAACAUUUUUUUUAAUGUAAACUAACAGUUGUUUGCAGUAACAUAUAGAGAAGUCACUAAAAGCUGUUACCGCUAACCUUUUGCAUCAUACAUCCGCCUGGCCUGUUGCUUCAACAUUUACAGUAAAGGAUACCUCAGAACUUGAUCUUCAUACAAAUGACAAAAAUCUAAAUAAUAUAUUUUGAACUAACAACAUGGACGUUAAUGACAUGUGAUCGAAACUUACACAACAAUGUGAAGACAACAGUUCUUUUUGCCAUUAUAUUAAUUAAACAAUUUCUUCCAGUAAAUUCAUAAAUAUUGCAAUAUACUCCCAUGGUUUUCAGUGUGCUGUUGCUUUAAGAGACGGCAGAAACAAUCUUGGUCCGGGGUGGGGUUUACACUAGCAUUAGAAUGUCAGUAUAACCUGCAUUCAUUGUAAUGUGAGGUUUUCUUUUGCUUGAGUGGAUGAUAGCUUUGUAUCAUUGGACUCAUUUUAUAUCAAAGCAGUUUUGCUUGCAGAAAGAACAAAAAUCUACAAAAUAAAUCUUGUCCCCUUCUCUU